AUGGAGAAGAGCAGUGAUGGAUUUGUGAGGGCAGAUCAGAUAGAUUUGAAGAGUCUGGAUGAAUUGGAGAGACAUCUGAACAGGGCAUGGACUAUGGAGAAGAACAAGAAAACCAAUCAAGAAAUCUCCACCACCCCCACCACCACCACCACCAUCGCCAGAAGGAAAAGGUUCGAAUGGGAAAUUGACCCCUCCAAGCUGAUCGUCAAGGGUGUCAUUGCUCGUGGCACUUUUGGGACAGUACACCGUGGCAUUUACGAUGGCCAGGAUGUUGCUGGGCUGUAUCUACUCUCUAGGGUGGUGGCAACUUGUACUGUAGAGGUAGGUAGGGGUGAGGGUGGGGAAGAGUGGGGGUCUGGCUACUGGACAGAUGCUGAAGUCUCAUCUCUAAGGGCUGCUUUUACUCAAGAAGUUGCAGUGUGGCAUAAACUCGAUCAUCCUAAUGUUACCAAGUUUAUCGGUGCAACAGUAGGCUCUUCAGACCUUAGUCUUCAAACGGAAAAUGGUCAUAUUGGCAUGCCUAGUAACAUAUGUUGUGUUAUUGUGGAAUAUCUUCCGGGAGGAGCCUUGAAAUCUUACCUCAUAAAGAACCGUAGAAAGAAGCUAGCAUUCAAAGUUGUCGUUCAGAUGGCACUUGAUCUUGCCAGAGGGUUAAGUUAUCUUCACUCUGAGAAGAUCGUUCACAGAGACGUUAAGACAGAAAAUAUGCUUUUGGACAAGACAAGAACGCUGAAAAUUGCAGAUUUUGGGGUUGCUCGUGUUGAAGCUUCAAAUCCGAAUGACAUGACAGGGGAGACAGGGACCCUCGGCUAUAUGGCUCCUGAGGUUCUUAAUGGCAACCCGUAUAACAGGAAAUGUGACGUUUACAGUUUUGGAAUUUGUUUAUGGGAGAUGUACUGCUGCGACAUGCCAUAUCCCAACCUUAGUUUCUCAGAGGUGACUUCGGCUGUUGUUCGCCAGAAUUUGAGGCCAGACAUACCGAGAUGUUGCCCGAAUUCCUUUGCAAAUGUGAUGAGGAGAUGCUGGGAUGCCAACCCCGAUAAGAGACCGGAAAUGGAUGAAGUAGUUUCCAUGUUAGAGGCUAUCGACACAUCAAAAGGAGGAGGAAUGAUCCCAGUUGAUCAGCAACAAGGAUGUCUCUGUUUCCGGAAAUCUCGUGGUCCUUGA